AUGGAUUCUUCGUCUUCAUCUCGUUGCGAAUAUGAUGUGUUCCUCAGUUUUAGAGGGGAAGACACCCGCAAAAUCUUUGUCGGCCAUCUUCACAGAGCUCUAAAACAGAAAUUGAUCAAUGCUUAUAUUGAUUCGGAAGAGCUCAGUAAAGGCAACAAGAUUUCAGAACUGCUCACAGCUAUUGAGGACUCGAAGAUUUCGAUUGUAGUUUUAUCUCAAAACUAUGCAUCUUCCACAUGGUGCUUAAAAGAGCUCGUCAGAAUCCUCGACUGCGUGGAUACCAAGAAGCAGAUGGUGGUGCCUGUCUUCUACGAAGUUGAUCCCUCUGAUGUACGGAAAAUCAAGGGAACAUUUGCAGAAGCUUUUGCCAAACAUGGAGAAAACUCUCACAUCGACAAGGAAGAGUUGGAGAGCUGGAGGUCCGCUCUAACUAGAGUUGCUGAUCUAUCUGGCUGGGAUUCGAGAAAAUAUGAGGAUGAUGGCAAGCUUAUUGAGAAAAUUGUUAAAAAUACCUUUCAGAAAUUGAUCCAAACUUCGUCCAAUAAAGCGAAUGGCUUGGUUGGGAUGGAUUCCCACAUUUCAGAAAUGAAUUCAAGAUUAUGUCUUGAGGUGAAUGAUGUUCGUGUUGUUGGAAUAUGGGGUAUGGGCGGUAUAGGAAAAACCACCAUUGCUAGAGCUGUUUAUGACGAGAUCGCUUACCAAUUUGAACACUCUUGCUUUCUCAACAAUGUCAAGGAAGCCUUUAUAAACAAGCGUGAAGUACAAAUGCAGGAAGAACUUCUGUCAGGAUUGUUGAAGGAAAAGGUGCAGCGUAUGGAUUUGAACAGAGGUAGGAGUAUGAUAAUGAAAAGGCUAGGUACGAAAAAAGUCUUGGUUGUUCUUGAUGAUGUGGAAACUUUUGCUCAAAUUGAAGCUUUGCUUGGAGAAUUACAUGCAUUUGGCGAAGGAAGUCGAAUCAUUGUUACAACCAGAAAUAAGCAAUCACUAAGUGGAGUUGAUGAGAUGUAUAAGGUCACAUAUUUAAGUGAAGAUGCAGCUUUUCAACUGUUUAUUAAGUAUGCCUUCAGAACAAGAAACCAACAGAACAGAAACUAUGAUCAUCUUGCAAGGCGUGUGGUAGAAUACGCUCAAGGUCUACCUUUGGCACUAGUCUUGGGGGCUCUUUUGGAUAACAAAGGUGUUUGUGAAUGGGAAGCCGUGUUACAGAAAUUGAAGAAAUUCCCACACAUAGAAAUUCAAGAUGUGCUUAGAACAAGCUUUGAUGGACUAGAUGAUUCAGAGAAAAACAUAUUUCUAGACAUCGCAUGUCUCUUUAGAGAAUGGGACAAAGAUAUUGUAUCAGAAUUACAUAUUGGUUUUUUUCCCGACAUCGGAUUAAGAACUCUAGUUGACAGAGCACUCAUAACUACAGAUCACAAUAAACUCAACAUGCAUGAUUUACUACAAGAAAUGGGUAGAGAAAUAGUCCGACUAGAAUCUACUAAAGAACCUGGGAGGCGCAGCAGGUUGUGGAUUCAUGAAGAUGUUAAUCACAUAUUGACUCAAAAUACGGCUACGGAUGCAGUUGAAUGCUUAAUGCUAGACUUGUCAAACUCAAAAGUCGACCUAUGUAUAAAUACUGAGGCCUUGGUAAGAAUGAGGAAUCUAAGACUACUCAUAAUCUAUUAUGAUUUCUACUUCAUAGUUCAGGAAGAUGGCUACUUUGAAUACGAUGAAAGCUGUGAGAUUAUAUGCGACAUAUGCCCAAUUGAUGGUUGUAAGCAACUGGCGAUUGGGAACUUGGAGUUUCUUUCUCAUGAGUUGAGGUUUCUCUUAUGGCAUGGAUGCCCGCUGAAGUCUUUGUCAUCAACCUUUAUCCCGAAGAAUCUUGUUAGACUUGACAUGCGUGGUAGUCGCAUUCGAGAACUCUGGGAAGGAAUGCAGCCCCUGCAAAAUUUGAAAGUCAUCUUGUUAAGUCACUGCCAAUACCUGGUCAAAUUCCCUGACUUGACAGAGGCAAUAAAUCUCGAGGAACUAUUACUUGAUGGCUGUUCAAGCUUAUUUGAGAUUCAUUCAUCCAUUUUCGCUCUUCAGAAACUUGAUUUCUUGAAUCUAGAUGGGUGCGAAGAACUCGAGACCCUCCCAAGCAGCAUUCACAUGAGCUCUCUUGAGUACCUUAACCUCAGUUACUGCUCAAAUCUUGAAAAGUUUCCGGAGAUUUCAGGAAUCAUGAAGGAGCUAUCAAUACUUCAUUUAAAAGGGACAGCCAUCAAAGGACUGCCCUCAUCAAUUUAUCAUCUUCAGGGGCUUAAAGAAUUAAGUAUGAGUGACUGCGGAAGCCUUGAAUUUCUUCCAGACAGUAUCUGUAAUUUGGCAGACCUUACAGAUCUUGAUCUGUCUGGGUGCUCAGCACUUCAUAACUUGCCUGAGAAUUUGGGAGACUUGAAAUCCUUGAAGGUUCUCGACGUACGGGAUAGUGGCACCCUUGUCAGCAUGGCCAUCAUCGGUGGACGAUUAUUGUAG